GCGGUCACACUUCACUGUACGAAUUUUUUUGAUUUUCCAAUGCAGGCGCACAAAGAAAAUGCAGAAAAGCUGAUAGAAUAAAGGAAAAGUCAACUGACUGAUUGCCAACCAGCCGCGCACAGUAAGCUGUGGUCUUUUCCGACCGGAAAAAGCGAGCAAAUCGUUGAUUUCGGGGCGGCGUCCCCCCCGCAGAGCGAGACAGCAAGUGUGGCGAGGGAGUAGGAGAGACGGAAGAAGAAGACGAGAAGGAGGAGCAGGAUCUGGAUGAUAAAUAUAUAUAUUAGAAAAUAUAACAAAAGACAGAAUGACCACACAGCGGACGCAGACGCAGGCAAGGAAUCCGGGCAAUUCCGAUUCCGACUAUGAGACACUGAUGCAGCGGCUUCACAUCGGCGGUGGUGGUGGUGGUGUUGGUGUAGGAGGAGGGGGCGGCAACGGUGGCCCUGGAGACGGGGGCGUGGCCAUGCGAGGCUACCAGCGCUCACCGGGCGCCAUCGAGAACUACCUGCAGGAAAGUCAGCAGCAGCAGCAGCAGCAGCAACAACAGAUGCAGCAAAUGCAGCACCUCCAUCACAAUCAGGACUAUAAGCUGUACGAGCGGGGCAACAUCAUUGCCGCCUCCAAAUACGCCACGCCCCGUCCGGUGGAGCAGAUACAGCACACGCACAAUGGAAGCGCACACAUCUAUGCACCGACCGCACAGAUUCUGGGCCAGCGUAUUGCACCGCAGAAGCAUUCGCCGGUAUACGAGAACCUGGAGUUCUACGGCCAAUUCGAUUCCAACCACAAGAGGGCACAGCCCCAAAGUCCCGGGAGCAGGCAGAGCGCCAUACUGAACGGCUAUCUGCUGAUGCAGCCCAUUCGGGCUGGGCGCUUUGCGCACACGCCGGUGCCAGAGAAUCAGGGAGCUGCAUCGAUGGGAACGGCCAGAGGAGCAGGUGGACCACCACCACCACCGGGACGUUCAGCGGCCCUGGGGCCAACUGGAGAUCUGGAGGAGCAUGCUGCGCCCAUUUACGAGAACAUCAUUCCACACUCCGGGCAGCGGGCACAGCCACAGGCCUCGCCGGCCACCGCCACCAUGUAUCAGGAGAUGCAGCCCACGUCCAACUCCUCGGGCGGUUCGUCCACUGCCGGUCUGGAUCUCAAUGCGCUGCUGGCCUCGCCCAUGCACCAGCGCAGCAUAAGCAGCAAUACGGCCAGUGUCAGCUCUUUGGGAUCGCCCACCCAACGAUAUAGGAAUCUAUCGCUACCCAGCCACCUAAGUCCCGUGCCCACAGCGCAGUCGGUGGCCAAACUGCAGCAGCACACGCCCAUCAAGUCGCCCGGUGGCGCCAUAAAUGUCUCGGUUAAUCCCAACUAUAUAGAGGACAUCAAUAGCUCCGACUACGUUUGCAUGACGGCGAAUCUGCACAGGAAUACGGCAGCGGGAUUGGCCACCGGCAGGGCGGCUGCCACAGGAGCCACUGCCCAGCGAACCGUCCAGGAACCACCAAUAAUAACGUCAUCACUGGCCAUGGGAAUGGCGACGGCAGCUCCACCAGCCACAUCUAUUGCACCGGUAUCAACGGCGCCAUCAGCACCAGCAGCAGCAGCACCACCACCAACAUCAACAUCCACCGCUUCCUUGAGGGCGACGCCCAUUGCGAUGACGGCUCCUCUAGCGGUGGCCACAUCACCCACUCCCUCGCAGGGCAGCACAGGUCUCACCAAGAAUCUGCUGCCGUACAGCGUCACCCCGCCGCGUCCGGCUGGCCCGACGGAGGCGCAGCGCAAGAUCGAGGAGCUCACCCGCCAGCUGGAGGAGGAGAUCGAGCAGAGCGAGGAGCACGGCGAAUACUUUGGCAUUUGUCACACCUGCGGUGAGAAGGUGAAGGGUGCCGGGCAGGCUUGUCAGGCGAUGGGCAAUCUGUAUCACACCAAUUGCUUCAUCUGCUGCUCCUGCGGACGGGCGCUGCGAGGCAAGGCGUUCUACAAUGUGCACGGGCGGGUCUAUUGUGAGGAGGAUUACAUGAAUUCCCUCUUGCAGUACUCGGGCUUCCAGCAGACGGCGGAAAAGUGCGCCAUCUGCGGCCACCUGAUCAUGGAAAUGAUCUUGCAGGCCAUGGGCAAGUCGUAUCAUCCGGGCUGCUUCCGGUGCUGUGUGUGCAAUGAGUGCUUAGAUGGGGUGCCCUUCACCGUGGACGUGGACCACAAGAUCUACUGCGUCAACGAUUACCACCGAAUGUUUGCGCCCAAGUGCGCCAGCUGCGGCAAAGGCAUCACACCCGUCGAAGGCACCGACGAAACUGUGCGCGUCGUCUCGAUGGACAAGGACUUCCACGUGGACUGCUACAUCUGCGAGGAGUGCGGCAUGCAGCUGACCGAUGAGCCGGACAAACGCUGUUACCCGCUGGACGGGCGCCUGCUCUGCCGCGGCUGCCACCUGCAACGUCUGGCGUUGCAGUCCUCGCCGCACGCCCGUCACCAGGAGCCCGUCUGCGCCUCGUACCAGUAUAUGGGAUGAGCGGCGUGUCCCGACCUUCUACCUUCGACUGAGUGGCGCACAAAACCAGAACAAACUAUCGCAAUCAACUUAUUCCAAUUAACAAUAUUAUCUUAAAUAGACAGAAGUGAAAACAAAUGCAUUUAUACAAAACGAUUGCCAAGUUAGUGGCUUUUUUUUUCAUUUUUAUGGCAGUGUACUAGGAUCUCCAAACGGAUCUGUUCGAAGCUAUAUAAUGGAUUCCUGAAAUCUCCGAAAGUUGGCAGCAAUGGUUGGCAAAUACUAUUUUGAUAUAUUAAUGUGUUUUUCAUAUGUAUGUAUGCCCUAUGGUGUUCCUGAGACCUCUUGAGGUUUCAAAGCAAUAGCAACGGUGUCUCAAAUUAUGCAAUAAAAUACUUAAUACUUCUGA